AUGGAUGCCUCGCCACCUCAGCAGGAGGUGAAUACGACUGUGCCUUGUGCUCAUUCCGACCAACCGGGUGACAGGAUAUUUCGUCAGUACUAUACAGAUACUGACUAUGUUCUGUCACUGGAAGGAAUCCUCAAACUGUUAUCUGCGAUAGUGUGCGUAAUCUCAUCAGUUUUACUGUUGACUAAUGGUACAUGCAGAACCGCGCCAUCGCUUAUACCGAGUGCGAGCUUCGUGGCGCUGUCUUGCGGGAUUAUCACAGUUGUGUUCUAUGGUGUCAUCGUGCUUGACCUGUCGCUGUACUCACCACAAGUGUGCCUGCUCACUGAUAUUAUACUGUCGGCUGUAAUGGGAGUCCUGCUCUUUUUAAUGGCAGUCCUCACGAUGACUGUAUGCGAGAUGAUAGACUCGAUCAGCUACGUACAUGGUCCAUUAGGUAUUGUGAAUGCCGGCAUGCUGCUGGGCAGCGCUGUGAUCACCUACGUAUCGGUGAUGCGUCGAUGGGAUGCGCUGCACACGCCCUACGAGCCGACCAGACCAAUACCCACAGAACAAGACGUUUAA